AUGAUCACGAUCACCGCGGCCAACAUGAAGAAAGAGGUACUUCUGCACAAACUAAUCGUAGCAGAGCUCGCCCUGGCCCUCGGGCAUGGAACGUUCAUCUUUCUCCAUGCGCCUGCAUAUGGCUGGUUUCUCUCGGUCACGGCCGUGGGUCUCACAAUUUCGCAUUCCCUCCACAAUGUGAUUGCAUGGAUGAAGAUUCGUGGCUUUUUCCCACCCUGGGGCACGCGACUGUAUCUGAUCACCCUGCUGGCGGCCCAGCCGUACUGGGUCGUCGAAAUUUACGCCAACUUUGCCUUUUUCAAUCGGAGCCAGGCCUUAUAUACCACCACUCGGCCACUCGAGCCGCUCUUCCGGGACCCUUGGUGGAUCUUCACCACCUGCUUUCUCCUGUACAUUGUCCUGCGGGACUAUGCGCUGGUGCAUUUGAUCCGCAUCAGCCCACGUUUCGGCAUCAUGCUCCUGUUCAUGGUGAUUUUCGUCGUGUUUGCGGUGGAGGACAUGUGUGCGAUCCGGGUCGAGAAUCGCCUAGGCUAUGCACUGGCCUAG